CCUGGACACUAACUAUGGGGUGGACAACUCUGUGGUUGUGUGUUCUCGCUCUGCCACUAACGAGCGCCGUCCAGGUGAAAGCCAAGAAAGCUCGCCAGUCCAACCAUGUGAACAGCAUCUGCAGCACCUGGGGCAGAGAGCACUUCAAGACCUUCGAUGGAGACGUGUACCAAUUCCCAGGGACGUGUGAAUACAACCUGGCCUCCGACUGCCACUCUGAGUCCUAUCAGGAGUUCUCUGUGCACCUGAAGAGGAACGAGGCUACUGAGACUGAGGGGAACCCUACGGUCAAACACGUAGUGGUCACUAUCAACGACCUGGUCUUCCAUCUUGACAAGACUCACGUCGCGGUCAAUGGAGAAAUUGUAACUCUGCCGUACUACAAUGGAGGAGUCCAACUGGAGAGGAAUGCAGUUUACACCAAACUCUACUCCAAGGUUGGCCUGGUUGUCAUGUGGAAUAGAGAAGAUGCCGUCAUGGUGGAGCUGGACACGGAGUAUACCAACCGUACCUGUGGUCUCUGUGGAGACUUCAAUGGCCUUCCAGUCCACAGUGAAUUUAUUCAUGAUGGUCGUAAAGUGAGCCCCAUUGAGUUUGGAAACAGGCAGAAGGUCCACAGGCCCAACGAGGACUGUGAAGACCCCUAUGAAGAGGAAGAGGAAGAUGAACCUGCAGACGUUCAGCCUAAAGAGGACACAUGCAAGGAGUUUCAUGCCCAUGUGACCAGCUCCCUGCGCUCGCCGUUGUGGAGCUCCUGUUGGUGCAGGUCGAACCCUGAGCCCUACAUCCAGGCCUGUGUUUCAGACCUGUGUGGCUGCAGCAACACUUCUGAUAGGCUUCUGUGUCUGCAGCACCCCCUGGCAGAGUUCAGACAGUGCUCCCACGCCGCGGGACAGCCACCCCACGAGAAACAACACCUCUGUGUAAUGGGACAUCUCAAUAACUGCUGGUGUUCAGGAAAACAUUUACUGGAUACAGAAGCAGGUCCUUGUUCAACAUGGGUAUCUGGAGAGGUGGCUCUCUCCUGCAUGGAUACCUGUACCCACUCAGACACCAUCCUGUGUGAAGAACACCUGAUGGGGUGCUUCUGCCCUCACG